CCCCGCGUGGCGGCCGCGCCGGGAUGUUCGUGGCGCGCAGCAUCGCGGCCGAUCACCGCGACCUCAUCCACGAUGUGUCCUUCGACUUCCACGGCCGCCGCAUGGCCACCUGCUCCAGCGACCAGAGCGUCAAGGUCUGGGACAAAAGUGAAAAUGGGGAUUGGCAUUGCACUGCCAGCUGGAAGACCCAUAGUGGAUCUGUGUGGCGUGUGACAUGGGCACAUCCUGAAUUUGGGCAGGUCUUGGUUUCUUGCUCUUUUGAUAGAACAGCAGCUGUAUGGGAAGAAAUUGUGGGAGAGUCAAAUGAUAAACUCCGAGGCCAGAGUCACUGGGUCAAGAGGACCACUCUAGUGGACAGUAGGACAUCUGUUACAGAUGUGAAGUUUGCUCCCAAGCAUAUGGGUCUUAUGUUAGCAACCUGUUCAGCAGAUGGAGUUGUAAGGAUUUAUGAAGCUCCAGAUGUGAUGAAUCUCAGUCAGUGGUCCCUGCAGCAUGAAAUUUCAUGUAAGCUAAGCUGCAGUUGUAUUUCUUGGAAUCCUUCAAGCUCUCGAGCACAUUCUCCAAUGAUAGCUGUAGGAAGUGAUGACAACAGUCCAAAUAUAUUGGCAAAGGUUCAAAUUUAUGAAUAUAACGAGAAUACCAGAAAAUAUGCAAAAGCAGAAGCUUUGAUGACAGUCACAGAUCCUGUACAUGAUAUUGCAUUUGCUCCAAAUCUGGGAAGAUCCUUCCAUAUCUUGGCUGUAGCAACCAAAGAUGUACGAAUUUUCACGCUAAAACCUCUAAGGAAAGAAUUGACUUCAUCGGGAGGAUUAACAAAAUUUGAAAUUCAUAUUGUGGCACAGUUUGAUAAUCACAACUCCCAGGUGUGGCGAGUGAGCUGGAAUAUUACGGGCACAGUGCUUGCCUCCUCUGGUGAUGAUGGCUGUGUUAGGCUCUGGAAGGCUAAUUACAUGGACAACUGGAAGUGUACUGGUAUUCUGAAAGGUAAUGGGAGUCCGGUGAAUGGUAGUUCUCAGCAGGGAAUUUUUAAUGCCUCUCUAGGUUCAGCCAAUACAAGUCUACAGAAUUCACUAAAUGGAUCAUCUGCCAGCAGAAAGCAGAGCUGAUACCAAGCUAACUGGAGUAACUUUGGUGUUUUGCUGCUUGUUGCAUGCACACAGGAAUGGAAAACGAACUCCUUUUUCCCCUCCCCAACGCCGUUUGACCUCUCCCAAGACACCAGCAGCCUGCUAACUACUAAAUGCUGUUCAAAAAGCCUUUUUAAAACACGUUGUGUACACUUUUUUGUACUAGCCUGCACAGUUUGAUACUAUUGGAACUCCUGAUAGAAAAAUAUUUGGAGAGGCUUCUUGUUUGGAAAAAAACCCAUAAACAACCCACCCAAACCCCAAAACUUUCAUCAGAACGUAUUAUAUGAAAGCUUGUCAAAUUAAAAGACUAGUUCAUGAUUAAAAAUGAGAAUUUUUGUCCUUGAUUGGGAUGGGAGGAGGGAAAUGACCAUUAUAACAACUUCCAUUAAAAUUGUUUUGAGAACUAAUUUGUUUUGCAUUUCAUAGCGUUCAGCAUUCGAUUAAGAUUCCGAAACAUUACAAGGUUGUAACUGCUUUGUAAUAUAUGAAACUGUUAGUUUAAAAGGAAUAAGAAAACUGUUUUGACAAUUGUACAGAUGGUAGCUAUCAGUAGUUUGGGUAUUGCUUCAUUUAUAUCCCUUAGUAUGACUUCAAAUAAAUGUUUUAUGAGUACUGUCAUACUUUCGUCAUCAUAAGAGAAGUACUUUUUCUGAUAUGUAUUUGUACAUUCCUAUGGUAAUAGUUCCAUGGAGCACCUAAAAUUCUCUAAACAUAGUAUCCUUAAAAAAUGCAAACACUUUAGCCAUAUGAAGGUAGAAACCAAAAUGCAGCUUGUUGUGAAUUGUCCCAUAAUUUCAUUAAUUAGUUUAAGAGCUCUUCCUUUCUGUAAGUCCACAGAACUGUAAACAAGAGAGAAAACAUCUGUAGGUAUCUAAUAUAAUUAUGCUAAAAUGCACAAGUGUUACGGGUAAGUUCUAAUAAAAACAGCAGCAAAAUGACAUGAAGUGGCAUAAUUCCGAAUCUUGCGCUCACCAGGAAUCUUAAAUUUACUCUGAGGAUUUUGCAGCAAUAUGUAAAUACAUACAAAGGCUGUAUUUCAUUGAAAAUAGUUAUUCUCUAUAAAUGUGUAUUAAUGUAAAAACAAUGAUGUUUUUACGUCUAUUCUAGAAACGCUGUGAAGUUACUCUGAAUUAGAUGCAUAUGCAGAAAAUGUACUUUGGUAAUAUUUAAUGUAUAUUUUGUGUCACAAAUGAAGCGUUACUGAAGGCUGUUAACAAAUCACAGAAAUUCUGGGAGAAUGAAAACCUGUUAAUAGCUGUACCACACCACCCUUUUGAUUUCCAAAGCAAUCCUUUCUUUUGUAAAAAUGUAUACUAGAACUAUGACUAUGGUAUUCUUUUCUAUAAAUUUCAGUGGAAAAGACUGUAUUAUUUUGCUUUAAAGAACAAUUUCCAGAUUUGUCUUGUUUUGAAUUACAAGCCUUGAUUUCUGCUAUUAUGUUCUAUUGGUUUUGGCAUGGAUAUACUAAAGCCUUUUUUUUUUUCCAGCAUGUCUUUUCUCCCCUUUGGUUCUCCUUGUAUUUACUACCUUUCUCUUUUUUUCUUGUUUUGUUUUUUUGUUUUGGUUUGGUUUUUUGUUUUGGUGUUUUGUUCCUUUCUUAA